CCUCAUCCUGUGGCAGGAAACUCAAGAUGAAGCUGCUUGUCACUCUUCUCAUUUUAUUUCCACAAACUGCAGAGGCCCUCUCUCUGAGCAGUCCCCUGUUGUGCUUCAUCCUGGAUGGCUUCCUGGGAAUCUAUGGACUCAUUGUUACUGGAUUGCUGAUCAAGGAGAAGCUCUUCAAAAGGAGGGACAAAGACAUUUCAGAUGGGGACAGUAAACAGUACAGCGAUGCCGGGCCUGGUGCCAAGAGAAGACUGCAGAAACACCAGAUGAACGAUGACUCCACUUACACGGGUCUGUCUGGAGGUCGUGAGGAAUACAAGGAACUUCCCGUCAAACCAGAUCGACAAAGGCGAGGGAACCAAGAAUACGAGGAGCUCCGCCGCGACCCCAGAGAGCAGUAUGACGCGCUCCGCAUGAAGAACCGCCAUACGCCUUGACCGUCAGACCACAAGCUCAUGUUCCAGCAGAAAACAGCAAAUGACUUCUGAUUAUUGAAGAGCUCGUUUGUGCUUGAUGUAAA